UUUAUUGGUGUUCUGGCAAUCAACAWARMAACAUUUGGUUGGAAACACAUCACGAAGAACCAAGAGUUUAAGACCAAUCGAACAAAAAUAGCAACAGACAAUCCAAAAAUAUGAGAUCUGUCCAACUACUUGCAUCAGCCCUUCUAAUUUCUGCAGCAUCAGCAAGCAGAACCCGUGAUACAACAGUAUCAUCAUCCUCUUCUCUCCGUGGAACAAACAGCAGCGGUGGACGACGCAUUCGAGGAGCACGAGGCCGCAAUACACGCAGMAUCAGCAUCAGCAUCAGUGACCACGAAAGGUUUCUCAAGAGAGAAACCAAGAACGACGAGCUGAGACCCAAAAAGGGAUUCAAUGACAACAUUGCCGAGGCAAGCACUGGUACCGGUGAAGUUCCCAAAAAAACGACCCAAAAGGAAUUGAGAGACCGCAACACUCCAAAGAAGAACACAAAUAAAAAGGUCCUUCCCASUAACGUUGCCGAGGCCAGCACGGAUUCAGGUGCAACUUCAAACAAAGAAAAUCAGAAGAAAUUGAGAGACCGCAAUGCCCCAAAAAAGAAUACSAACAAAAAGACCCUUCCCACGUCACCUCCGGUACCCGCCACGGUCCCAGAGAAAGAGACGAARUCCKUGAUUGASGAAGCAGUUGUUGCUACCCUUCCAGUCGCCACYGGAACUCCCACAACGAGCCCCACCGUGAAGCCACCGACUCUGUUCCCGACGUGGACAUUUACCGUGGCCCCAGCUGCUCCUACACCCGCCCCACCACCAGCCUGUGAGUACUGCAACGGCUGUUUCGACGAAACCGCUUCGGUGACCUUUUCCAAUCUCGGAACCACAGCGACCUGUAUACGCAUCCGUGAAAACAUGGCCAAGCUCAAUCCAGCACAAUGCGAUGGCAGACGAGCAGUUAUCGAGGAAGCCUGCUGCUGCAAUAGCGAUGCGGCCCCAGGUGAAGAAAUCACUGGCCGUGUCGAAAACUCCGAUAGCGGUGUCUUGGAUUACGAUACCGCUUGUUCCUUCUGUGCUGGAAAGGAAUAYAUUGGYCAGAACUACAUUACAUUUGUUACUGAGCCGGAUCAGGUGAGCUGCGCUGGUUUCAAUUCCCUGAUCGAGACCGGAUUCUUCGAUCCAAAUUUUUGCAUCAUCGAAAAAGCCGCCGUCGAGCAACACUGCUGUGGGGCGGACAUAGUAGAUAGUGGCAUCUCCCUGCCCGCACCAGCCGAUCCUUCCUCGGUUACUAUCAUAGUAGCUGGAGAUGACAACGAAACUGAAGUAGMGGUGGAUGAGGAAGAAAUCUUUUAUUUCAUCAGGGACAAUGAAAUUUACGCUGUAAAUCAGGACGGAGAACUCGUCCAGGUGACGCAAACGGAGGACAUUGCUGACGCUGUAGAAGAAGCAACCACAGUGAUGGUCCCUGCUUCCCAACCACCGGYGCCAUCGACCAUCAAGGGGGGGGGCAAGCGGGAAACUGGGACUAUUGGUAGCCCUGAUCGGAACCACAACCGAAUCAACAGUGGACCCUCUGGUCAGGGAUCGGGAUUCGAUUCGAGGUUGGSAGAGGUCGAUGAAACAAGUAUCCAACCAGCUUCGACCACAACAAUAUCAACAGCAUCUUCCAGAGAAGUUGAUCGCCAAUACGACCCCAAUCAGAGUCGGCAGAAGCACAAAAGCAUCCACAACGAAACACCGAUGUUUUCUCGAGACCAGGUUGCAUCAUUCUGAAGGCGAAGAUCAGAGAACAAAUGUCAAAGAAAAAGACAAAAGAUAGAGAAGAAGGGCUCUCAUCGGACAAAAUACACCACCAUUGCCAUUGCCAUUGCCAUCAGCACCACUACUACUACGUUUAUGUAUUAAUCAUCCAGCAUUUAUUUCCACUAUUGUAAACACCUACGGGCAGCAACUCAUCGGCAUUAAGAAAACACGGUUGAAAUUACAAUCAAAGCGUUAAUAAAUWAAUUAACCACCC